UGCGGCGACACGUGACGGCAAGGCUAGUUGUUUAGCAGCGCAGCAGCGACCAUGCCGUUCAUCGAUUUAGAGACCAAUUUGCCCGCAAACAAGUUCUCCGAAGAAUUCCUGAAAAAGUUCGUCUCCGCCACAGCAGCGUCCCUCGGAAAACCGGAGGAUCGAAUGAUUGUGCUGGUGAAGCCUGACCUCCCGCUGGUCAUCGCCGGCUCCUGCGCACCUGGUGUUGUGCUGUCAGUGGCCGGGCUUGGAGUCACCGACACGGCGGAGAAGAACCGGGAAAACAGUGCCAAAAUCUUCCCCUUUCUCACACAGGAGCUGGGACUCAGUGAGGACCGGAUUGUGAUCAGGUUCAGCCCACUGGAGCCGUGGCAGGUGGGGAAGAAAGGCACAGUUCUGACCUACCUGUAGGAUAGUGAGCACCGCUGAGCAGCAGAGGGAGGAACACGGACUGACCAUAUGAAAGACCAUCAGAAAGUUUUAAAAUCUAACCUUCCUCCUCCCAUUCAGGUUUCCUGUAGAGAUAUUUCUGUUAGUCACAUCUCACAUGACCUUCCUUUAACUGUCUGAUGGUCAGCAGAUUUAACUGUACUGUAAUUUUUUUUAGUGAUAAUUAUUUGAUUAAGUGAUUAAUUGUGGAUCAUUUUAUAAACUCACUCCAGUCUUUUAUGUUUUUUUUUUAAUCCUGCUUUUGAAUUAAAGAGCCAAUAAUGAUGCA